GUAAUGGUGAUGAAGGUCAGAAUGACUCUUUCUCUUCCUCUCAUCUUUCUGCUCAUGAUUUCUGGAGUUUUUGGACAAAUCUGGAAAGUGUUUUAUAAAACGGGAUCAAUAUGUGCUCUUAAAGGAUCCACAGUAAACAUGUCAUGCUCGUACACAUACCCUCAGCAGUAUACAUUAAAUUAUACAUUCUGGUUCAGGAGAUGGGAUAGAGAGAUGCAAAAUUUAAAAGCAUAUCCAGAGUAUAAAGACAGGGUUGAAUACAUUGAAGACAGACAAAACAAAACUACCAUCCUCAGACUGCACAACGUCACUAAAAAUGAUGAGAGCGAGUAUUGUUGCAGAUACAUAAUUGAAAAAGAUAAAGAAAGAUGGAUUGAUCAACCAGGAAUUCAACUUAAAGUUUCUGCUCUUCAGGUAAAGGCACCACAGCUGGUGCUGGAGAAAGAAAGAGUCAAUCUGACCUGUGAAACCACAUGCAGUCUGACAGACGCAUUCAUCUGGUACAAAAAUGGACAGGCUUUAAAGAUCCACAGCAAAACACUCCAGCUUCAGUCAGAGCGCAGUGAUUCUGGGCGUUACAGCUGCGCCAUCAGAGGACAUGAACACCUGCCCUCUCCUGCUGUCAGCAUCACACUCAUGUAUCCUCCAAAGAGUGUCUCGGUGUCCGUCAGUCCAUCUGGUGAAAUAGUGGAGGGAGUUUCAGUGACUCUGAUCUGCAGCUGUGACUCAAACCCUCCUGCUCUGAACUUCAGCUGGUUUAAGGAGAAUCAAAGCCCAGCUGUUGGAUCUGGACAGAGUUUCAGCAUCUCCAGCUUUAACUCCAGUCACAGCGGACGCUACUAUUGUGAGGCUCAGAAUCAAUAUGGAUCUCAGAGAUCAGCGUCUGUUUCAGUCUCUGUUAAAGUUGUAGGACAUCUCGCGAUAUUAUACGUAUUCAUUGGAUUGAUUUGCGGAGCUGCAGUUGGCGUUGUGAUAUUUCUAAUUUGGCGAAGC